AGGUGAGUUUUGCUAAACUAACAAGUACAAUGGCGUAUAAUGAAGAGUGUUUUAAUGUUACCGAAGAGGAACUGAGCGUUCUCGUGUAUUCUAGUGCCGAGACCGUAUUUCUGUCUGUUGUUUUUCCCACGCUUUUACUCGUUGGACUUGUCAGCAAUUUAGCGUUCAUAUACGUGGUUAUUCACGUUGCCUAUAUGCGAACAAUCACUAACUAUUAUUUAGUAUCAUUAAGCGUGUCUGAUAUCUUAUUCCUUUUAUUUACUGUUGGUGACAAGGUAUCUUGUUAUUUGAUGUCACCACAUGCUAAAGUAGGGAGUUUGUACGGCAGGUUUGGCUGCGCCUUCUUUGCUUUCAGUUUUAAUAUGACGUAUUUUGCAUCGAUCGGAUUUGUCACAUUAGUUUCAGUGGAACGUUAUAGCGCCGUGUGUCGUCCGACGAAGGUCUUUAGCGGAAAGGUGACCGCUAAACAGCGCGCGCGAAACUAUAUUCUGAUAAACAUGGUGGUGUCCGUGUUACUAGCGUUAACGUUUGUACCAAGUAGUUUUACAUAUUUAGAAUUAUGCUUUUACUUGCCUAAAGGUGACAACGAUAUGGCUCUUACAGCUGGCAUGUGUCACUCAGUUCAUCAAAGCGUCAGUAUUUAUUCGUACUGUGUUCAAACUUGGCCAUUUUUUGCGGCAUUCAUAUUCAACGUCUUCCUUUACGCCAGAAUAUUGAGGGAGUUAAAGAUCAGGGAACGAAACAUCGAACGCAGUGACAGCGCGCUCGUUGACAGCACCAAACGACGGAACCAAAUCACAAUUAUGUUGAUUGUUAACGGAAUAUUAUUCUUUGUGUUAUUGGCGCCUUUUGAAAUCAUGUCUAUUUUUUGGAUGUUUGUGAGCAUUUUAAAACCUGGCCAGAUGAAUGUUUCUCAUGAACUGACAACUAGAUUUAUUGGUGAUACAGCCCGUUCAUUAUCUUACUUGAAUUCUGCCACAAAUGUUCUUGUUUACACUGCACUUAGCCCCCGGUACACCAAGGCCUUCUCGGAUACAUAUUGUUCACUGUGUCGCGGAUGGAACUGUCCGUCGCGUGGAAGUUACCAGAGAGCCAGCGAAGAAAUGAACACUAACGAAACACGGACAACGGCUAAUUUGUAAACCGUAAACUUCGAGUGAACGUACGGAUCGUAUUCUAAUACUUUCCAAAUAACAAGCUAAUAACAGGACACUGCAUGAUAAAAUCCUGUUGUUGCAUAAAUUACAACUUUUAACGACAGAAAAACAGCUUUUAAGUAGAAAGUGAAAAAUUUAAAGAUGUUUUGUUCCAUAGAAGAUCACAAAAAUAAUCAUAAAAAAUCAUUUUAAUGAAUUUGCUAAUUUUGAAGUAAUAUAACAUAUGUAUGUUAUAUUUUUAAAAAUUAUCAACUUGAACAUAGAAAUUAGUGUAAUAAUAAAAUAUUUACCCAUAAAUUUACAGCGAAAAUUGAUUAAUAAAAGCAUUUCCAGUCACAUGGAAGUAUAUUAAUUUUAGAAUAAUACCGUAUACAAAUCAGUGUACACAUUGAUUUAAUUCAAUAAUAGAUUGAUAAACAGAUUAUUAAUAGAUUGUUUAAUAGAUUGAUUAAAUCAAUAAUAAUUCAAUAGGUUAAUAAUGUGUAUGUUACUGCAACAUGAGCAGGUAAUUUUAAAAUUAUUUAUUAUGAUUUUUAUAUAAUUUUUUGGGGACAUUACAUCUUUAAAAAGGUAAGAAUUUAAAUGGUGCCUUGACGCCAGAAAAACAUGUAUUUGUCAGUUUCUUCUACUACCAUUCGCUUCAAAUUUAUUCAUUGCACUAUUUUCUGUUUCUUGGUUUUUGCCAAGAUGCCUUGAUAUCUUAAUAUAUAUAUAC